CACUGAAGAUGGUGAUACAUGUAUCCGUACAGCACCUCAGGGAUUGUAUUCUUCUAGAAGCUCACACAGGGUUGUCGCCUCGCAACGACAGGACACAUCGAGACGUCUGUGACCGAGGUCUGACUCUUCCCUCGACGACUACACAAUCACUAAAGGGAAAAAUGUGCAUCUCGGCUGCUGCUCGAGUCGUUUUGGUUGUUAUCAACAUCGCCAUCGCGAUCAUCUCGCUGGGCGUGGUGGUCAUCGGAGCUCUACUGAAGUUCUCGGCCGACAAGUUCCUGCAGCUGGUCUUCGGGGCCGCCUCCUUCUCGGUGCAGUCCAGCGACAAGUCCGACUUCAACAUCCCCAACAUCGCGCAGGUGUCACAGCUACCAUUCCUGGGCGAAGUGGGCUAUGCACUCAUCAUCUUCGGAGCCAUCCUCUUCUUCGUCUCCUUCACUGCUUGCUGCGGCGCUUGCUGUAACUACAGAGUCCUUUUGUACAUUUUUAUAGUCGUCCUGACCAUUCUUGUCAUCGCUCAAGCCGUUGUCUUCGCACUCAUCAUGACCAAGGAUUCUGUGUUUAACAAGAAGAUCGAAGACACCAUCGGAGACAAAGUGAAGUCAGAUUUUCAGGCAAAUGGACAAGAUGUUUUCUCAUUCUCCAUCAAUCUCCUAAACUACCUUCUGGACUGCUGUGGUAUUCGGGGUCAGAUUGACUUCUCGUCCCUGCCACCCACGUGCUGCUUGAAGAGCAUCAUCGACGGCUCCGACAACGCCAGGAAGAACGCGUGCGUAAGAUCGUCAGCACCGCCCGCCGACUACAACACGGUGGGAUGUUAUGAAACGCUUCUGAGCAAGAUAACAGACAAAGUGAUUGCAGCUUCUGUUAUUAUGGGAUUCAUUCUACUCUUGCAGGUCGUUGAAAUAAUGUUGGCUAUUGUUAUCAUAAAAAUCAACAAGGUUUCUCCUCUCUGAGCCACCAGAAAGCAUGACAGAUGACGACAAUGGAGUGACAUCCCCUGCUAAUGGUGUGUCUGAAGGUUAAUGACAUCGUUUGUGCGAAUUCGUCACGUGACUGUGCAGUAAUCAAAUGUGAGGAGUGAGACUCCACGUGUAUAUAGACAUUUACUCAACAACAAUCAUUUUUCAAAAGCUCAUCCCUGCAGUCCACCUGUCUCACAGUUUUUAGUUGUUAAACGUCAAUUGGACAACACGUCUGUGACAAUACUUGCUUUUUAUAUAUAAAUCUGACAAAACCAUAGACGAUUUUUUCUUUGUCUGACUUGUUACCUUCAGUCCCUGAUUGCUGUGAUGCAAACUUUUCGUAUGGCUACAAUUCAAGAACUAAAAUUACCAAAGAAUCAACGAUUCACUUUAUGAAUCCUUUUGUUGAAUUCAGCAAAAACAGUGACUGCAAUUUUCUAGGCUGCUGUGGUCGUUUCUGUUCUACCGGUGUCUCAGUUAAGGUUGCAUUUGCUUCAACAAGUUCAAAGUAGUAGAAAAAAAACCCACUGAAGCUUGGCUAUAUAUGACUCAUGACAAUUAUGGCUCGCUUGACUGGCUAACGAAGUCCCGUGACAGCCAGUGUCACCUACUCAUUUCUUUCUUAGCCUUGUAAGGUACUUCUUUUCUUUUUUUAAUAUUUUUUUUUGGUUUUGCCCCAUUAACCUGCGCAGCACCUGGCAGAUGGCUGUCGACCAUUUCAGACAGAGGUGACGUCACUCAAUACAGAGUAGGGGCACAGGUUCAGAGGAGGUUUCAGUCCACUGCCUCGUGCAGUCAAUGAGAAGAAGCACUGACAGGGAACUUGGGCAGCAGGGAGCUCGGGUCCUACUUUUAGUCUAAUGAUGCAGAUUACCAAACCUUUAGUGACAAAUGAAACAAUUAUGAUUAAAUAAAACAUCAGAAGAAUAUGUGCUGUUCUUCAUUGAGAGAUAUUUCUCAGUGAAUCACUUAAUCUCUGGGUCAAACCUGGUGCCAGAAAGGUCAUGGCUAUGUGUAAAGCUGAUAUCAUUGCUUAGUCUUUCUAUCUGUUAUUUAGCGACGCAGGAUUGUAAUAUUACUUAUCUGCUUUGUGUUUCUCACCUUUUUUGUGUGGUAGUCCAACAAUAUCUGACAGACAAGAGAUACUUUAAUGGUAUGACAAACACUAGACAGUUUUCGCUUAUUUAUUAUUUAUUCCUUGUCAGUUUGUGUUCAAACAGGGAGGAAAGAUUGUUUUUUGGAGAAGUAUUAAACAGGCGUGUUGCUCUC